GCUGUUGUGUUUUGUAUAAUGAAAACGAUGGAAUUGACGUGCCGGCGUGUAUCAUGUUGUAUGCGCUCGUAAUAUUAUCGUGCAUUUUAAUUCACGCAUGUUAGUGAUUGGCAAAAAAUCAUAAUGACAUUGUGAUGUGAAUAUUUCUUAGGAUUAAGUGCAAGGAAUGAGUAUGAUGAAGCAAUGUUGAUUCGGAAGGUGAAAAACCCGGCGGACUUGAAGAAAUUUCAGUAUUUCCAUGGCAUCCGAGACUGUGAAAGUAAUAGUAAGAUGUCGACCUAUCAACCAGAGAGAAAGGAAUUUAGGCUGCAAGGUCAUAAUCAGCAUGGAUUCUUCGUGUGGUCUGUGCUCUAUUGUCAACCCGGCUGAUAGCUCUGCUCCACCAAAAAGUUUUACUUUUGAUGGUGCUUAUUUUAUAGAUUCUACAACAGAACAAAUUUAUAAUGAAAUUGUGUAUCCUAUAGUUGAAAGUGUGACUGAAGGCUACAAUGGUACAGUUUUCGCAUAUGGCCAAACUGGCUGCGGAAAGUCCUUCACCAUGCAAGGUAUCACCCAUCCAGCCAGUCAGAAGGGAAUCAUUCCCAGAGCUUUCGAGCACAUAUUUGAAGCUAUUGCUACAACCGAAAAUACAAAAUUCUUAGUCCAUGCUUCUUAUCUAGAAAUUUAUAAUGAAGAAAUAAGAGAUUUACUAGGGAAAGAGACAAAGAAAAAACUAGAGCUUAAAGAACAUCCAGAUAAAGGAGUUUAUGUAGCCGGUCUUUCCUUACAUCCAGUACACAAUACUAAAGAGUGUGAAGAAGUUAUGGAAACUGGUUGGAAAAAUCGCUCAGUUGGUGCAACACUUAUGAAUGCUGAUUCUUCAAGAAGUCAUUCUAUUUUUACUAUUCAUUUAGAAAUGCUAGAAAUGGAAAACUCUGGAGAGCAUAUCAAACAAGGGAAAUUAAAUUUGGUGGAUUUAGCUGGAAGUGAAAGACAGGCUAAAACUGGGGCUACAGGUGAUCGUCUGAAAGAAGCAACCAAAAUCAACUUAUCUUUAUCAGCUUUAGGUAAUGUGAUAUCUGCUUUAGUCGAUGGGAAAUCAAAACAUAUUCCGUACAGGGACUCAAAACUUACAAGGCUACUUCAAGAUUCUCUUGGUGGUAAUACUAAAACUUUGAUGGUGGCUUGCCUUUCUCCAGCAGACAAUAAUUAUGAUGAAACUUUGAGUACGUUACGUUAUGCUAACAGAGCUAAAAAUAUUCAAAACAAACCAAAGGUUAAUGAAGAUCCUAAGGAUGCUUUGUUAAGAGAAUACCAGGAGGAAAUAAAUAGAUUGAAGCAAAUGUUAAGUGGCCAGUUGCCAGUAUUAGACAAUGAUGAUGCUGAUUUUGUCAAAAGCCAAGAAUUUAUUGAAAAGGAUGAGACUGUUAUGAAAAUUCAAAAAGAAUAUGAUGAUAAAAUGCAAGAUCUCAUAGACAAAUAUCAAAAAGAACAAGAAAAUAAUGCAAGACUGCAGAGUGAUGUGGAUAGAUUAAAAGCAUAUUAUGAACAAGAAUUGGCUAAACUGAAUUCUAAAAAGACACUACCAGAAGAUGAUGUUGAGACUAUUGAAGUUCCAGGGUCUCCAAGGGGAGGGAAACUACCUCAAAAUGGUCAUAUAUCUGUGCCAAAUGGAAUGACUAAAUCACCUAUACCAGCAAGUUCACCCCAGGUGAUGGCUCAAAUACAAGCUCAAGCCCUUGAAAGGUUGCAGGAACUAGAGGAACAGAUGGUUGGUGGUGAAAAAGCACAUGACAGAGAAUUGAAGGAAAAAAGAGCAAAACGGAAAAAAGUAGCUGAGAAAAGGACUAAGUCAAUUGCAGAAGCACUAUCUAAGGUUGAUGAAGAUGAUCGAGCAAUGUUAAAGGUGUAUGAUGAUAUCCAUGAAGAACUGAGAGCAAAAACACAGUUGCUUAAAAAGGCAAAGAAAAAAAUUCAAGCUUUAGAUCAGGAAGUUAAAGAUUUGCAACGGGAAUUUGAAACAGAAAGAACAGAUUACCUUGAAACCAUUAGGAAACAAGAUCAACAGAUAAAACUUUUAACUCAAAUUCUUGAUAAAAUCCAACCUUGUAUAAGAAGGGACUGUAAUUAUUCAAAUAUUGAAAAAAUUAAAAGUGAAAGUCAGUGGGAUGAGGAUUAUCAGAAAUGGCGAAUACCGGAACUUGUUGUACAGAAAACAAAACUACCUACUCCAGGUGUUCAAGUAGGAGGACGACCAGCAGCAGUCUCACCCGACCACAGGAAGAAGCAUAAUCAUUCUGCAUCUAGUGUUCAAGAAUAUUUUGAGGAUUCAUCUGAGGAUAAAUUUUUUAGGAAAUUAGAGCGUGGUGAAGAAGAAGAUAUUGCUGGUAAUUAUUUCAAGCCAAAACGUCAAGAGCAGCUGCUUAGUAAGUUCAAGGAGACAGCAUACAGAGUGGGUUCCAAUAAAGAAGCAAUAAGUUUGAUGAAUGGUUCCACAUCAUCAUUUGUGAAAGAAAACAACACCAUCAAUUCUCUGAACUUUUCCAACUUUAAUGGUAGUUUAAAUGGUUCCUUAAAUGGUCCUACACCUCUCAUACAACCUUCCAGCCAAGAAUCAACUCUGACAUUCCGCAAGCCAACAAAACUCGAGGCCUUACCUAAUGGUGGGGGAGAUCUGUACAAGAGGGGUAAACGGAAAAUUCGGACUAAUGUUGGAUCCAUGGAGUGGCCAAUCUGACGGCCUCCGUCCCCCAGUGAACCAGUACACAGUGAGUACAGGGUGCUAAGGACGGUUCUGCCGCCCAUCCGUCCUAAGUCAGAUAAGGGGAGCGUUGCCCAUAACUCAUAAAUUAUUUGCCUUGCACAUACUUAGGGUUGUCACUUCCUUUGCUUCUUUAGAAAUUAUACUACAUAAUUUUGCACAUAUUCUGAUUUUGUGUAUUUUGUCACUUUUAAUUAUCUUUAGCUCAAGAUUUGCUGUUUGUAUGAUGUUAUAUGUUAAGAAAUGUUAUUUAAUUGUUUUAGUAAUUAUCAAUUUUAUGUAAAACCUAACUUAAUCCUUAGAACUUUUUGCUCAGGUUUCAGAAAUCUGAUACUUUUGUGAUUUCUUUUUAGUAAUUUUUUAGAAACAUUUGCCAAGUGAUGCAGUCUUGGUUUUAAAUUAAUGUUUGGAAAUGUUCUUUUUUGUUACGUCAAAAAAAGACAUUACUUUUUCAUUCUAUUACAGUAACACAAUAAUACUGGUAGGAGUAAGAAUGGGAACAGUGAAUCAAGUUUGCUAAUUUGAAAUGCAUCAAUGCAAUAGCAAAUGAUCUACUGGAUUAAUGGUUUCCUAAUUUUUUUUUAUUUGCUGGUUAUUAUAAGAGAGGUAAUACAAAUUAUAAAAGGUUUUUUUUUUUUUUUAAAGUUUGAAAUAUGUCAAUCCCCUAAUCCCCCUUGCUGAAGCAUCCAAAUAUAAAAUGCAGGAUGUGACUUCAAAAUGUUCAAAGUAAAAUGUAUUCAAAUAUUGCAUAAAAUAACAAAAUAUACGGUGUUAUAAUCAGAAUUAAAUUUAUAAUUGGAAAGAAUUAUCUAUAUCAAGAAAAGCUAUAGAAAUACAGAAAAUAUUGCUUGUUUGGUAAUUAAAAAUAAAUGGAGGAUGAAAUUACUGAGGUGUUUAAUGUAAAGAUAUUCACAUAAUAUUGUGAAUAACAAAUUAUGGCAAUUGAAUAACUUUUAUUGCUAGUAGAUAUUCAUGAAUAUGAAAAAUUUUAGAAAUAUCCAAAAAUCUUAAAAAUUAAUCUUAUUAAUUUAAAAGUUCUAAAACUAUCAAAUAUGAGCAUUUAGAAAUCAAGGGCAUGUUUUACAAAUUUCAAGAAUAAUUAUUUCAUUAUUUUAUCAGUUUUCAUUUGACAAUUAAUUAAAUCAUAUAGCUUUGGACAAAAUAACUGAAGUGAAAUUUUCAUGUUGAUUUCAAGUUACCUGAAGUAUUUAUUCUGUAAUGUGUGUUUUGGGAUUUUGUUGGCAACCCUAUAUAAGAGAGGCCUUUGAUUUAGAGCAUUUUUAAGCUACUGCAGCUCAGAACUUUGAAGUUCUGUGAAAACUUAUAGUAUUGAUAAAUAUCAAGUGCCAGAAUUCAAAGCAUCCUUACUCCUGUGCUGAUUUACUUUUAGUGUGGUACCUAUAAUAUUUAUUGCAAUUAUUCACAUCAUGGUAUCUGAAAAAUAUUUUUAUACAUCUGUAAGUUAAUUUUUCUGUUUUUUCUAAUUAUAUACUAUAAAGAGCUUUACUACUUUUGUUAAAAAAUGGUAUGUUCAAUGUGAUAUUAUACUGAUAAAUAAUAAUUGUGUGAUGAAAAUAUGGUGUUAAUAAUUUAUAUAGUGUAAAAUAAAUUUUACACUGUAGGAAUUAUUAACAUUUUCUAGUCAUAUUUUAAAUAUUUUUCUAAUUUCAAGAAAUAUUUAUAAAAUUGUGAUAUAAUUUAUAUAUUUGUGUUGUGAUUUUGUAGCUAUAUUACUCAAAUAAUAAGAAAGGUACCAUUAAAAUAGUAAUUAUCAGUCACUGGGGGACAAAUUAGUGCCUAUUUUUUGUAAAUAGAUUGAUGUGAAUAAGAUUUUUAUAUUUGUUAAAAUUGUUUGUUGUCCACAAAUUGAAUGUUUUUAGUAUAAAGCUGGGUUAGGGUCCUAAUAGUAAUUAAAGUUUAGUCAACAAUAUUGAUAUUUCAUAUGUUGUAUGUUAUGUAAAUUAAAGCUAUAUUUCAUAUGUUAUAUGUUGAGUAAAUUAAAGCUGCAGGUUGUUGAAGGUUUAAAAAUUUAAAAUUGAACUAUUAUUAAAAUCAAUUUUUCAUGUUUUUCCUGUUUUUGAACAUGUUGCUGUGUUCUUAGUCAUAAAGAAUUAUAUAUGCCAUUUUAUCUAAUGUAUAUAUUUGUUUGCAUUAUAUUUUAGCAUCUCAGUUUUCAUUUUAUUAAAAUAAUGCUUUGCUUUCAUUUUUAAAAAAUUGAAUUUUUUUUAAUUAAAAUAAAUUUUGCGAAAAGAAUAAAUAUUUAAGCUUUUCUGCAAAUUAUAGUUUUCAUUAAUGUUAGAAUUGUGGAAGGAAAAUAAAUAUGCAUUAGUCUCUAUUUCAUAAAAAAAAAAUCGAUAUUAUAUGCGAUUUAAACAUUAAUAUGGUUACAGGCUGCAGUUUUAAAAUAUAAUUUAUUAUUUUUUUUGUUACAGUAAUCUAUAAUAAAUAUUUCUGAAAUUCAUUUAUAAUUCUAAAUUUUUUUAGAAAGCUUUCUUAAUCAGGUGCUCUGUAAAAUUUUCAUGAACCAAAAUAGGUGUUGGAAAAUUGGUAGUUCUCUUACAGUAACCUGCAAUGUGCUUGCGAUAUGUAAAUGAAAGAUUUAAGGGACUAGAAAUGACUGUCCAUUUUCUGAUGAAGCUCAAUUUUUGUAGAAGUGAGAUUUAUGUAAUUGUGUAGUUAUUUAUUCAUAGAAUGAAUUUUGAAAGAGAAAAAGAUAGCAUUCCAACUUUUUUUGCAGAUUAUACUAGAAUGAAAUAUAUGAGCACUUCUAUUAUUCUACUAUUCAGCCCUUUUUGAUCUUCAAGGAUGACUGUCUUAAUUGCUCAUAAUAGAAUCACUAAAUGUUCUCAUUAUUAUUGAAAAACUUAAGCAGUGUAGUACGAACAUAAUUUACAUCAAACAUUUAAUUUGAACAUAAAAUGUUCUUAAUGAAAUAUUAUUUAUUAUUGCUUAAAUAAUUUUAUCUGAAAAUGUGAUAUAUUGUCUCUUGUUUUUUCAUAUUUUUUGUUUUAUAUUUUAGUAGUGUUAUAUUUAGAAAAGAUUUCUAGUCGUAUUUACAGAAAUGAUUAUGUGUUAGGUGUAUUUGUUGUUCUAGUCAUACAAUGAUCUUAAAUUAAUAUUUCCAACUUAAUUAUAUUUGAAAGAAUUUUUUGAUAUUAUAUUUUAUUUUGUCAUGCAUUCAAUUUCAAAGCUAGAAACAGUUUUAAAGCAUAAAAAUCUCAGUGAAAUUGAAGAAAGUUUGAAAGAGUAUAGUUUGUAUAGAGAACAAUGUUUGUGUAUUUUAUUUUGUAUGUUUUGCAUUCUAUCAUAAAGCUAAGGGAAUUACUGUAUAAAAUUACACUAAAUUCUAAGAAAAGUUUGCUAAAAUAUAUAUAUAGUUUGAAGACGACAGUAUUUGAGGAAAUAUUUUUAGGCGUAUUUUAUUUUAUUAUCUUGCAAAUUGCAUUAUAAAAUAACACUAAAUUUCAAGAAAAGUUAUAAUUUGUGAAACAAUGCCACUGACUUUUAUAAAUUGGUGAAGGACUAUUUUGGAAUGACAUAGUUAUCUAUCUCAUAUAUGAUAUAGGGUCCUAGCUGUUUGUUUAUGUGUAUAUGUGUGUGGUUAAAAUCUUCUUGAAAAUUAUGGAAUGACUUAAUAUUAUUAACUUUGAAGAUUAUUAACUUUGAUAUCUUUUUGUAAUAAAGUGGAACACCAACUAUUUAUUACAUUUGUAUAUAGAAAAAGUUCUUAUGCAAAUGGUAGAGCAAAUAAAUUAUGAAUAUUAAAUUCGAAUUGUUGUAAACUGUGUGAUGUGCAUGGGAUGAAGAAAAUAUAUAUUUUAAUACAUUAGAAUCUUGGAUGCGACCAAAAGCUCACAAGAGAUAUUUUAAUAAAUGAUUGAAUUAAUUGCGUACUUAUUUCAGUUAAAUAAUUUGUUAAGCUCUUUUUAAUUUGGAAUUAUUGCUUCUGUUUUUAUUUCUCUGUAUUUAAAAAAAAAAAAUAUGCAUACUGGCUAUAUCUUAAAUAGCAUGUUUUCUGUGCAUACAGUUGUUAAUGUGUUUAAAUAGUAUGUAUUAGAUUAGUAUAAUGCUUACUUUUUUUCUUUUACUGUAAUUUAAAGUUUGAUAUAACUUCAAAUAUAACUUUGGUGCAAAAUCCGACAUUCAGUCAUAAUUUCAUAGUCUGUAAAUCAGUUAUUAAAAACGUCUUUUUUCUUUCCUUUCCUCCUUUCUCAUCUGAACAAUAAACAUUCAUAAUUAUGUGUCAUAAAUCACAAAGCCAUGGAGAAUGCACAAAUAAAAUUUUUGUUAAAAAUGGGAUGUUAUGGGUCCCUACCCCUCUUUAAUAAAUUUGUUUGCUUAAAGAUGCCUCUAUAUUGGGAAUGUUGUGCCAUAUAUUGAUUUCCCGGUGAAAAAUUAUUAUUUACAUUCCAACAUUUAUUAUACAAAAUGUUGGAAAUUGAGUAAUUAUUCUUGCAAAUUGUAUUAAAUUAUGUAUAGUAUUUAAUGAUCUGCGUAAUUAUUUUUGGUGACGUUGUACAAUUUUUUUUUGUUAGUUUACUGUCAUGCGUCAUUCCUGUGCACAAUUCUCAACUACAUUAGUUGAUAUUUUAAACACUUCAUUUUGUAUUCAACUUAUGAAUCAAAGGUCAGUGUAUUAUUGUUCAUGUAAAACCUAUAGGAACUCAUUGUUCAGGGUUUAUCAUUUAUUAUAAUUGCUCCAGAGAUUGAAAGAAUGAGAUAUUUUGAAUAUCUGGUACAAAGAGUGAUAUAAAUAAAUGUAGAUAAUUGAUGUAAUAUAUAUUUCCAUAUUGUUGGAAAAAGUUGUACAGAUGUAAAAAAAAAAAAAAAAAAAAAAAAAAA